UCUAACCAUGGAGUUCAGAGUGUGUGUGUUGCUGGGAGCACUACUGCUGGUGAACUGCUCGCUUCAGCAGACUCCAUCGAGGAAGAAGCUCGUGAAAAAAGAUACGACAAAGGAUGCUGCCAUGGAGGGGCUGCAGAAACAGAUCAACGACAUUGUCCAGGAGCUGAACCUCCUGAAGGAACAACAAGCCCUGCAGACAGUCUGUUUGAAAGGCAUAAAGACCCACGGCAAGUGUUUCUUAGCUGAGCCUGUGAAGAAGCGCUAUCACACUGCCAGUGAAGACUGUAACGCCCUGGGCGGUGUCCUCGGUACGCCCACAUCCAGCGAUGAGAACGACCAGCUCAGAGAUUACAUCCGCCAGAGACUGGGCCCGAAUGAGCAGAUCUGGCUGGGCGUCAACGACAUGGUGACUGAGGGCACCUGGAUGGACCAGACCGGCGUCAGCAUCGGAUACAAAAACUGGGACACAUCCAAUUCCCGGUCCCCUCAGCCAGACGGAGGCCAGUCCCAGAACUGUGUCGUCCUGUCCGUGGCCUCCCGUGGGAAGUGGUUUGACGAGAACUGCCGUGAGGAGAAGCCCUCUGUCUGCCAGUUCAACAUUGUUUGAUUACAUUUAUCUCACCAUAGACUCUGCGCAUGGUUUUAGCUGCUUUGUCUGUGUACUCUAUCUGCAAUUCCACUUUGCCUGCUAUUCUCAAAGGAGUUUUUAAGCCAGUGGUUCUCAGCUGGUUUUGCAUCGUGACCAAAUUCAGAUCUAGCAGUCACGGUCUGCUGCAGGAGACAUUGAUAUGUGAAGCUGAUAUUUUUCACAAAAGGGAUCUGGUGAUAUGUAAUUUUCAGGAUUCCUUGUGGUCACAAUGAAACCAAGGAGAACAAAGUCCAGUCAAGAAUAAGCCAGAGAUUAUGGGACAUCAUAUCUUCACUUAGGCAUCAGUGACUUCUGCAGUCAUUUAUAGAUUUUUGUCUAAAUCCUCUUUUUAAAAAAUAUACAAAAUUAUAAUUUUCCAAUAAUAUCAAAACAUAUAUAGGCUUAUUAGAUGUUCAUAAUUCAAAAUACCAGUGUUCCUGCAAUAAAAUGUGCGUGGGUGCUGGCACCUUUCACAAAUGUAAAAACUGGGUGUAACUUUUCCAUUAUGUCCACACAUCCACACCUCAACAUUACAACAGCUCCGUGACUCACUGGUUGAGAACCACUGGUUUAAACUAAGGCAACCCCUCACAACUAACUACUGUAUUUUACCGACAAGACUCACAAGGAGCCAGAAUAAUAUAAGUGAUACUGCAGUAAACUCAAUCUUCAUCAUCUUCAAUCAGAAUUCUUUUAAGAGAUUAUUUCAGUUUGCUAGUUUUGUAUUCUGCUGUAAUAUCUAGCCUGAUGUAACCUGAAAAUGAACAUCAAUAAAAUGCAA